AUGGACACAAACAAACACGAAGGAGGGACUGAAAGUGUGCCUGUGAGUACCCCUGCAACACAGAUUUCCCAGUUGCAGGCAUUGGCCUCUGAGCUGAAGGCUGGUUUCACAGAAGCAAUGCAGGAGCUGUCACGCAUCCAGCAUGGAGAGUAUGCCCUGGAGGAGAAGGUCAAGAGCUGCCGCUGUGCCAUGGAAGAGAAGGUGGCCGAGAUGAAGAACUCCCUCAACACGUUCAAGGAGGAGCUCAGCGAUGCAAAAUCAAUGAUUGAAGAAAUCAGUGCCAAGCAGGAGGAAAUGCAACAGAAAAUUGAGCAGCUGCAGCAAGAGAAGCGGCGGGAAUCACGGAAAAUGAAAGCUAAGAGAGCACAGAAGGAUGACCACGGGUCACAGACAGUGCCAACACCUCUCCAGGGCAGCCCGUUCCGAUCCAUCAACCUCCCAGAACCUGUGCUGAUCAAUGAAGAUUUUACAAGUCUUUUACACAAUGUCACUUAUGAAAAAGUGUCUGACACCAGGAUCAUGCCCAUGGGAGAAGGAGGUGUGAAGGUCAUAGCAGGCCCAGGAGCAGCCAUAGAGACAGAUGACAGCCUCAAGCCUUCCCUGGCAACAGAGGGACAGUCAAAAAUGCAUCUGCCAUCAACAGUGUGGAAGCAGCCCAAGGACACCAAGGACUGGGGAGAUGAAUACAUUUCCAAAGAGCAACCAGAGAGAGGGAAGGACAUGGGCCAAAGCAGAUACAGCUCAGCAGACAACAUAAUAUUGGAACCCUCUUUGGCUGCCAAAAGGCAGAACAUCGCCUUGGAGCUGCUGGAGUCAGAAAGGAAGUAUGUCAUCAACCUUUCCCUCAUCCUGAAGAUCAAGGCCACACUGCAAGGGCCAGAUGUGAAAAGAAGCACCAAAGAGAGAAGCUUUUUCCCCAACUCUUUGCGGUUCCUGGUGCAGCAGCACGUGGAUUUACUGCACGCUCUCCAGGAGAGAGUCCUGAGCUGGCCACGACAAGGGAUCCUAGGAGACAUCUUUCUGAAGCUGACAAAUGAUGAGAAUAAUUUUCUGGACUACUACGUUGCUUACCUGAGGGACCUGCCAGAAUGCAUCUCUCUGAUCCACGUGGUGAUCCUGAAGGAGGUAGAAGAAGAAAUCAAGUCUGAUCUCUACAUUCUGUUCUUUCAUAUAGUCCAGCGAAUCCCUGAAUACCUUAUUCAUCUACAGAAUGUCCUGAAGUUCACGGAGCAAGAGCACCCUGACUAUUACCUGCUGCUGGUGUGCGUGCAGCGCCUCCGCGUUUUCAUCUCACACUACAGCCUCCUCUUCCAGUGCAAUGAAGACCUGCUGAUACAGAAGAGGAAAAAGCUGAAGAACCCGACGAUGGAUUUCUCCUCCCUCAGGUCAUCCCUGGUGAAGCUGUACAAAGGUCUCACCUCCCAGUGCACAAGCCAGGAGGUUUCUCCAACACCCAGUGCAGCAUCAAUGCGGGACAGUGGCAUCCACACUGAAGAGGCCAUCCAGUCAUUCCCAGCAGCACCUUCCUCUGGCACAACCACCCCGCAUUUGAUGCCGCAGAUGAAGAAACCGCAACCAACAGUGAUGGAGAACAUCCAGGCUGUAAAAUCCCCUGACUGGGAGAUGGAAAGCAGAAAACACGAGAGGCCAGAGAACAUCCUUGCCUCUUCUCAGCUGACAGAGCAGGAACUCAAGGCCUUGACAGCCCCCUUGCAAUCGAUCCCCGAAAUGGAGUACGAAGCGCCGCCGGCUGACGCGGUGGGGAACACCGAGAGAGCCAUCAGAACCUCCGUGGAGCUGCUGCAGGAUGCCAGGAACUUUGCACCAAGCUACGAAGAGUUUGACUACCCUGGGGAGGUUUUCACCAUGCCAGGCCCCUACGAAGACGACACCUUCCAAAACCUUGCUCUCUUUGAGAACUGCUCCCCGGCCUCUUCCGAGUCCAGCUUAGAUAUUUGCUUCCUUAGGCCUGUGAACUUCACCUCAGAACCAGAGAGGACAGACCAUGCCUUGCAGCCCCUGCCUAAGAGCUGCACUCCCGUGAGCAGCAGCACCUACAAGCGUGAGAUGUUCCACAGCAAAGGGAAGCAGCUGAGCAGGUCCCUGAAGGAGCUGCCGCGCAGCGCGGAGGGCGUGAGCACCAGACUCUACAGCACACGGAGCAGCAGUGGGAGCCGUCUGCAGCAGAAGCAGGACAGGAAUGUUCAGCCUCACAUGAUCUCAGCCUCAUCCCGAAGCUCCCAAAGGAGCUACUUCCCCCCACAGAGAGGAGCGGGUGAAAAACCGAGCUUUUUGGAAGAGCUCCAUGCAGAAGACAACACCAGGUUCUGCCAGAAGGAUGACAAUGAGCAAACAUCCUUCAGCGACCACAACCCGCGGCACGAGCCCAAGGGGGGGUUCCGGAGCUCCUUCCGCAAGCUCUUCAAAAAGAAAUAAGCAGCCCCAAGAGAGGCAGGCCACAGCCAAAGCACAGCAGUGCUUCCCCAGGUCCCCGGGGGUGGAGACAGACAG